GUUAUCAAGUCCUCAAAACCCUGGUUGGAGCUGAGAGGAGAGGGGCCCCCGGGAGCAUUCCGUCAGCAGCCAACCCCAGCAGGAGGCGUCAUGUGGUUUCUAGAAAUCGAAACCAGACUGUUUCCUGAAGCAUUUCCCAGGCCUGGGCCAGCCUGGCCACGCUCCCUUCUGGGAGGGUGUUCUCCACAGAGGACCGGCCCGCAGAGCGGCAAGGGCUCCAGGGCAGCCACUGGUACUCACUUUGGGCAGGUUCAACUCCUGAGCCCAGGAACCAUCGUUGCUGCUCCCAGAGAUCCCCAGGGCCCCUGUGCACAGUUGGGCAGGUUGUGCACUGCACAAGGGCACCUAGCCAGAGAGAGUUGGGGGUGCCCAGGCCCGGCCAUGGCCCUCCCACGGCUCUUCUGGAUGUGGCUGCUGUUCGCGGGGACCCGAGGCGCGAAGGAUGGAGAUGUGCGGCUGGCGGACGGGGAUGCCCCCAACGCUGGCCGUGUGGAGAUCUUCCACCAAGGCCAGUGGGGCACGGUGUGUGACCACCUGUGGGACCUGGACGAUGCCAGAGUUGUCUGCCGAGCCCUGGGCUUCCAGAAUGCCAGCCAGGCUCUGGGUGGAGCCGCUUUUGGGCCAGGGGCCGGUCCCAUCAUGCUGGACGAGAUCCAGUGCGUCGGGGAUGAACCCUCACUGGCCAGCUGCCAGUCCCUGGGCUGGCUGAACAACUUCUGUGGGCACGAGCGGGAUGCCGGCGUGGUCUGCUCGAACGAAACCCACACGGAUCCCAGCGCCCACACCUUUGACCUCUCCGGCGAGCUCUCCGACGCCCUUGGCCAAAUCUUCGACAACCAGCAGGGCUGUGACCUGACCAUCCAGGCGAAGGUGAAGAACGGGGAGGAGGGCCCGAGCCUCUGCGCCCACAGGCUCAUCCUCUGCGCCCACAGGCUCAUCCUCGCCACCAACCCCGAGGCGCAGGCCCUGGCCGCGGAGCCAGGGGGCAACGUCACCCUGAGCGUGGACGCCGAGUGCGUGCCCGUCUUCAGGGACUUCAUCAGGUAUCUCUACACCCGAAGGGUGACCGUCUCCUUGGCGUCCGUGAAGUGCUUCCACAAGCUCGCCUCGUCCUGCGGGGCCACGGAGCUGCAGAGCUUCUGCGGGAGCCUCUUUGCCAUCCUCCUUCCCCAGGACCUGUCCUUCCAGACGGCCCUGGACCUCUAUGCCUACGCCCUGUCCACCCGGGACGCCCUGCUGGAGGAGCUCUGCGUGCAGUUCCUGGCCUGGAACUUCCAGGCCCUGACCCAGGCCGAGGCCUGGCCGAGCGUCCCCUUGGGCCUGCUACAUGUCCUGCUCCCCAAGAGCGAGCUGGCCCUGCCCAGCGAGCUGGCCCUGCUGAAGGCCGUGGACGCCUGGAGCCAGGCGAGGGGCGCCUCCGCGGCGGAGACGGAGGGCUUGCUGGAGCACAUCCGCUUCCCCAUGAUGCAGCCCGAGGAGCUCUUUGAGCUGCAGUUCAACGGGUCCCUGUUCUGGAGCCACGAGGCGCUGUUUCAGAAGAAGACGCUGCAGGCCCUGCAGUUCCACACCGUGCCCCUCAGGCUGCUGGCCCAGCACACAGGCCUGAACCUCACCGCGGCCCCCUACCAGCCCCGGAUUUACACGUCAGCCACCUGGAGCGCCACCGUCACCAGCGGCUCCUGGAAUACGUGGCCAGCGUAUGAGCCCUACGCUAGAAAAUACGCUUACACCCGUGCCCCCCGUCACUACGGGUACUACCCCUACCAGUCUUUCCAGACCCCUCAACACCCCAGCUUCAUCUUCCGGGACAAGCUCCUGCCCUGGUCCCUUGUCUACCUCCCCACCGUCCAGAGCUGCUGGGACUACGGGAUCUCCUGCUCCGUGGAUGAGCUCCCCGUCCUGGGCCUCAGCAGGUCCGGCUACCCGGAUGCCAACAUCGGCUACGGAAACAAAGCCCUGAUGCUCUGUGACAGGGGCUUUGUGGCAGGUGUCACCGAUUUCCAGGACCAGAAAGCCCUGAUCCCCAGCGGCCUGAGCCCCAAUAGCUCCAGCAGCCCUCUCUUCUUCCCCUGCCCCGCGGGGAACUUCAGCGUCUUCCGGGCAGUCAUCCGCCCGUCCUACCUGACCAACUCCACCGGCGGGGACUAGCGGGCCUGGCCCAGGGGCCAGAAAUGCCCCCGCGGCCGCGGGCACCUCCUCCACCUCCGUCCUCUCUGCAGCCACCUCCUGCCAGCGGCCACCAGGUGUCUCCCCUGCUCCCGUUGAGCCCUGAGCUUUAAGAAACCCCCGGAAGCUUCCAGCUGCUGCUCACCAAGGGGGCCGAGUGCUCCCAGCUCUCCCACGGGGUCGCUGAGUGUGGUCGCUGUGGAAUUUCCCCACGUCCGCUUUCGGUUUCCCAGCUCACUGUUCUCACUUGUCACUGAUCAUUAAAAUUGUCCGGGGCCCCCGUGUGGGGUCACUCAUGCA